AGGGCAGUAACAGUGACCGUGAUUAGAAUGUCUAUACAAUUGUACUUUGUAGUAAAGACGCCAGUGAGAGUGGCUGUCCUGAGAGAGGAGGGCAGUAACAGUGACCGUGAAAUGGCUGUCGUUCUACAAAUGGCAGGCUUUCACGAGGUCUGGGAUAUCAACAUGCAGGAUCUAUGUUCUGAGGCGAUCACCCUAGACAAGUUCCAGGGCCUUGUGUUUGUCGGCGGCUUCAGCUAUGCUGAUGUUUGUGGAUCUGCUAAAGGUUGGGCAGCAACAGCCUUGUUCAACAAGUCCGUACAGCGACAGUUUGCUAAGUUCAAGGAGCGAGAGGACACCUUCAGUCUGGGAGUAUGUAAUGGCUGUCAGCUGAUGGCACUUCUAGGCUGGGUAGCCUCUGAUGAUGACCAGAAAGAAAACAGUAACAGUGGUGUUGGUCAGGGAGUGCUGCUGGACCACAACUUAUCUAACAGGUUUGAGUGCCGUUUCUCUACAGUGAAGGUCUACGACAGUCCGGCCAUCAUGACUAAGGGUAUGGAGGGCACUACAUUUGGCAUGUGGAGCGCCCACGGGGAAGGACGAAUGGUGUUCAAAGACCAGAGAAUCUACCAAGAUCUGGUAACCAAGCAGCUGAUCCCUGUCCGUUAUGUCGAUGACUUGGGAGAGCCGACUACAGUGUACCCAAUGAACCCUAAUGGUUCACAAGAUGGGGUAGGGGCUCUGUGCUCGGAGGACGGGCGACACCUGGGUAUCAUGCCCCACCCUGAACGAUGCUUUUUGCCGUGGCAGUGUCCAUGGAUGCCAGCUGAAUUAAGAACCACAAUGGAUGUAACACCAUGGUUUAAAAUGUUCACCAACGCAUUUGACUGGUGUAUAGACAAUGUUUGACGUAAUAGUAUAGUCAGGUGGCUGUGUGUUUCAAAACCAAAACUGACGAUGCAAUAACAUCUGAUUCAGGGAAUUCUCAUUUGCUGAGAAAAUGAUAGAUGAUAGAUUUUGUGGUCUACAUGACUGUAAAUUAAAUGGUGACUGAUCAGGUGUUCCAGAAAGGAAAUAGUAUGGGGGAGAUUUUGUGUGCCAACACGACCAUGUAUGAUUUGGGACGAGGGGAGAGGGUGUUUGUGUUUAGCAUGACUGUGUAUGUUUUAAGGAAUUAGAUGGUGACCUUGCGGGAGCUCAUCCAGAACGGAGAGGGAAGAUGUUUUGUUCAGCAUGACUGUGUAUGAUUUAGGAACUAGAUGGUGACUGUUGGGGAUGGGUCGAGAAGGGAGGAGAUAUUUCCUUUUACUUGUCAAGUAUCGUGAGGAUACUUCACUUAAACAUACAUUUAUGGAAAUCAAUAAAUGUGUCACAGCUUAUCAUUUAUAAUCAGACAGGCAUUGCUAUUAUUUUUUUUAUUUUUUUAUUUUUUUAAAUUCAAAGGUUUAACAUAGGGGGAAAUCUGGAUCCCCUACCCCAAGCUUUGCCCCUCCAGUGUAUGACUGAGAGAAGUUAAUACUGUAGAUCUGCCCCUCCAGUGUAUGAUUGAGAGAAGUUAAUACUGUAGAUCUGCCCCUCCAGUGUAUGAUUGAGAGAAGUUAAUACUGUAGAUCUGCCCCUCCAGUGUAUGACUGAGAGAAGUUAAUACUGUAGAUCUGCCCCUCCAGUGUAUGACUGAGAGAAGUUAAUACUGUAGAUCUGCCCCUCCAGUGUAUGACUGAGAGAAGUUAAUACUGUAGAUCUGCCCCUCCAGUGUAUGACUGAGAGAAGUUAAUACUGUAGAUCUGCCCCUCCAGUGUAUGACUGAGAGAAGUUAAUACUGUAGAUCUGCCCCUCCAGUGUAUGACUGAGAGAAGUUAAUACUGUAGAUCUGCCCCUCCAGUGUAUGACUGAGAGAAGUUAAUACUGUAGAUCUGCCCCUCCAGUGUAUGACUGAGAGAAGUUAAUACUGUAGAUCUGCCCCUCCAGUGUAUGACUGAGAGAAGUUAAUACUGUAGAUCUGCCCCUCCAGUGUAUGACUGAGAGAAGUUAAUACUGUAGAUCUGCCCCUCCAGUGUAUGACUGAGAGAAGUUAAUACUGUAGAUCUGCCCCUCCAGUGUAUGACUGAGAGAAGUUAAUACUGUAGAUCUGCCCCUCCAGUGUAUGACUGAGAGAAGUUAAUACUGUAGAUCUGCCCCUCCAGUGUAUGACUGAGAGAAGUUAAUACUGUAGAUCUGCCCCUCCAGUGUAUGACUGAGAGAAGUUAAUACUGUAGAUCUGCCCCUCCAGUGUAUGACUGAGAGAAGUUAAUACUGUAGAUCUGCCCCUCCAGUGUAUGACUGAGAGAAGUUAAUACUGUAGAUCUGCCCCUCCAGUGUAUGACUGAGAGAAGUUAAUACUGUAGAUCUGCCCCUCCAGUGUAUGACUGAGAGAAGUUAAUACUGUAGAUCUGCCCCUCCAGUGUAUGACUGAGAGAAGUUAAUACUGUAGAUCUGCCCCUCCAGUGUAUGACUGAGAGAAGUUAAUACUGUAGAUCUGCCCCUCCAGUGUAUGACUGAGAGAAGUUAAUACUGUAGAUCUGCCCCUCCAGUGUAUGACUGAGAGAAGUUAAUACUGUAGAUCUGCCCCUCCAGUGUAUGACUGAGAGAAGUUAAUACUGUAGAUCUGCCCCUCCAGUGUAUGAUUGAGAGAAGUUAAUACUGUAGAUCUGCCCCUCCAGUGUAUGACUGAGAGAAGUAAAUACUGUAGAUCUGCCCCUCCAGUGUAUGACUGAGAGAAAUAAAUACUGUAAGUGUGAUAAUCUUUAUAUUUUUGACUGCAGUACCUUGUUAUAUUCUUUGCUGAUGUAGGACUAUCUGGUUAAGACUUAAGUGUAAGGUGUGUUUGUUUUGACCUGCUCGUGAUAAUUAGUGCAACUGUAUUUACUGGUAUAAUGUUUGUACAUGUAUCUAUAUAUGGAAAUGUUGACAAAAAUGAAAUGGUGAAAAUACCCCGUUGAAUAUAUUUGAUGUGCAUCUUGAGGAAGAUUGUGCUUACAUUCUCCUUACAAAAUGUGUAUUUUGUAUAUAAAUAUGGAUUGUUUGUGUCUGUGUCAUAAGCAUGUAUGCACACCUCAUAUUUUCAUUCCACACUCAAAAUGCAUGCGAAUCCAUGAGUAAUAUUCUGAGUUAGUGCUACUAGCUGCCUUUACUCUUGAUUGUUCUAAAACUGAUGUGUUUGCCUUUUUGUUAGCCUAAAGUAUUUCCCGUCUUAUGUCAUGUCGAGUAACGGUAGGUCAAUAAUUGUGUUCUGAUUGUGCUGUAGAUGACUGUUGUAAGGAUGAGAUAAAAUGAAGAAUAUAUGACCACAUGUCAGACAUGUUUCUUUCCAUUCCAACUCGAGGGGAAAAUAUAUCCAAAAGCUCAAAAUAUGUUAUUCCUUUAUAAGUACAUGUAUAAUGACAAACUUGUAGUCUCACUCAGUUACAAUUCUAUCCAAAGUAAAUACGAUUCUUAUAUGCUUUUAAUGCAAGAAGAUUUUCAACCUUGUUGCAUAAUUACAAAUGUGAUCAGAAAAUGGGAAAACAGUGUUGUUUAGAGAAAGUCCUAAGAAUCAUGAAACUGACUGACGUGAGAAUUUUUGGUAGAUUACAUGUUUUGAUUAUUUAACAAAUUAUGAAUGCCUCACUUUUGCUGAUAGAACUAACUUCAUACCAAGGAUUUUUAGCCCACCAUCAUCUGAUGGUGGCCUAUUCAAAUCACCCUGCAUCCGUGGUCCGUCCAU